GCAAUAAUUUUUAUCUACGUAUUAAAUAAGCUUUAGGGGUAAUACAUCCAGUUCGAAGGUCAUAAUUAUUGUGAUAAUUAUCAGUUUCUAUCAACAUAUUUUAUUUAGUUGUCGAGUAUUUAUUAAAUUUUUUUUAAACACACUUGUUGGUAUCAACAAUGUCUAACUUUGGACCACUUGUAGGAGCUAUUGAUGAAGGAACAUCUAGUGCGCGUUUUAUACUAUUCCGUGCAGGGACCUAUGAAGUUGUUGCAAAACAUCAACAACAAUUAUCACAAAAAUAUCCACAGGAAGGAUGGGUUGAACAGGAUCCUUUUGAAAUUAUGGAAGCGGUUACAGUAUGCAUAAAGCAUACGAUGGAUAAAUUAACUGAAAUGGGAGGAAGUGUUGAUGAUAUUGUUGCAAUUGGUGUAGCCAAUCAAAGGGAAUCAACAAUUGUGUGGGACAAAGAAACAGGGCUACCUUUACAUAAUUCAAUUGUAUGGUUAGAUAUGCGUACAACAUCCACCGUAAAUGAACUAUUAGAAAAAGUACCGAACAAUACGCGCAAUAAAAAUUAUUUAAAACCGUUAUGUGGUUUGCCAUUAUCUCCUUAUUUUAGCGCUGUAAAAUUAAAAUGGUUACAAGAUAAUAUUGCAGUAGUUAAACGAGCUAUACAACAAGAUAAAUGUUUAUUUGGAACCGUUGACUCUUGGAUUAUAUGGAAUUUAACUGGUGGUAAAAAUGGUGGCGUUCACAUUACAGAUGCGAGUAACGCAUCUAGAACAAUGCUAAUGAAUAUUGAAACUCUAAAAUGGGAUCCUGUACUACUAAAUUUCUUUUCAAUUCCAACAUCAGUACUACCAAAAAUAUGUUCAAGUAGCGAAAUUUAUGGUAAAGUAGCAAAUGGUCCAUUAAAAGGUGUACCGAUAUCUGGUUGUUUAGGAGAUCAACAAUCCGCACUUGUGGGUCAACAAUGUUUACAUAGAGGGCAAGUUAAAGCUACAUAUGGUACCGGAUGCUUUUUGCUGUAUAAUACAGGAACUUUACGUGUUGAAAGUUCUCAUGGGUUAAUUACGACUGUUGCUUAUCAGCUAGGUCCAAAUUCACCACCAAUUUAUGCAGUUGAAGGUUCAGUAGCAGUUGCAGGAGCGGCUUUAUCGUGGUUAAAGGAUAAUAUGCAACUUAUUGAUGAUGUUAAAAAAGCACAAACAAUGGCAGAAGAAGCGAAUCUUGAAGAUAAUGGAAACGAUAUCUAUUUUGUACCAGCUUUUAGUGGAUUGUAUGCACCUUACUGGCAACAAGAUGCUCGUGGGGUGAUAUGUGGUAUAACAGAAGACACAACAUCCGCUCAAAUUGUACGUGCAACUUUGGAAGCUGUUUGUUUUCAAACACGAGACAUUCUUGAUGCAAUGAAUAAUGAUUCUGGUAUUCCCAUUUCACAAUUAAAAGUAGACGGUGGAAUGACUUCUAACAAAUUAUUGAUGCAACUACAAGCAGAUGUUAUUGGUAUUGAUGUAUUGUGUCCAAAAAUGGCCGAAACUACAUCACUGGGUGUAGCAAUGCUAGCGGGUGCUGCUGUAGGUGUAUGGGAUUUAACGGGAAAUAAACCAUUAAAUAUUCCGACUGAUGUAUUUACACCAAAAAUUAGUGAUAAUGAGAGAGAUAUGCGAUACUCCAAAUGGAAAAUGGCUAUUGAAAGAUCUCUAGGUUGGGAUAUUUAACCGACUAUGUGGACAUUUAACAGACUAGGUUCAAUUUAUUUUUCAACGAUUAAAUUUAUGCACCAAUUUUAGGAAAUGAUUCCUUAGGUAAUUUUAUGAUUAUUAUACCUUUUAAUAUGUUUUUAAGUGAUAUAGAAAUGUCAACACGAUUGACGACCAACGCAUAUUUUAAAAUAUGCUAGGAAAAGGAACACUUUAAUAAAAAAAAUGUCACAUUCAUUGUAAAUAAAAAGUUAUGAGCAUUAGAUCAAAAUUUCUGUAGAAGUUGGUCUUUGAUGUCGAGUUUGAUGUUGAUUUACCGCUGAAAAUCGACAAAAUGUGCUGAAAUGACUGUAAAAAUGACAUGGGAAAAAUGAAUUGAAGGAAAUUGUGUGACGGUGCUGCGGCUUUCUCACAUCUCCUUCCCCAACUGUAUUAUAUUAUUAUAUUUGAGGAUCAAUUUUUUUUAAAUUAAGAAAUUUGUAACAAUAAUUAAGUUAUUAGUUUAUGGUAUUGACGCCAAGAAUAAAAUAAAAAUACAACGUGUUAACUUCGAAUGUGCUACUACACAGUGGCCAAUAAUCAUAAAAUUACACAAGCUCCGAGUCGCAUUAGCUCCUUUUUUUACGCUGACGAAAACGAUUUAAUAUCAUAUUAUGUUUAUGUAUGCCAACACGUGGACAAUCACAAUAUGAUAAUAUUCAUAACACGAUAUUAAAAAUUAAAACUAUAAUUGUCAAUUUCCAGAAUUGCGCAAACUCUUUGUACUCAACGUAAGGGUCAGUGCGAUUUCAAUUCUUAAAAUAUGUUGCAUAUAUUUAGAAAUAGUUACCUUCUUCAACUAUUAAACUGCCUAAUAUUUUCCAGAAUUUUGAAUGUUUUGUUAUGCUAGCUAUGCACCGUAUGUAAUAUGUAGAUUUAAAAAGGACUCAUAUUAGGAGGAUCUCUUAAUUAAGUAUUAGAAAGAAUGAUAGAAUAUACAUUAUGUAGACCAUAGACGUAAAUUACUAGACUGUGCUACCUGUAUUAUCAAAUUGUAAAUUUAACCGUGAAAAGACAAAGCGCGAUUGCGGCCUAAAUCUAUCUCUCUUUCAAUCACUAUACUAAGAGACCCAUAAUUGCUUGUGAACUCAGGUUACAUUUUUAAGAUUGUCAUGAAAGUGGAAAGGUGUCUCAUUGUAUCUCUAACUUUGUCUCAUGCAAAAUACAUAGAAUUCUACGCGGUCGGUACCGAUAUCCUUUACUUUAAUAGCUGUUGUAUACGUAAUGUAAAUAAAAGAGCUUUAUUUAUAUACUUUU